AGAGGGGCAAGCAGCAGCUCAAAUCAACACAUGACAACAGAAGGUGAUGCAGACCAUGGUGGACCAUCCCAAGAGCAUCAUGAUGACACAAUGUCAGACUCUCCUGACACUGACGAUGAUGAUGAUGGUGUUGGUGGUGGGGAUGAUGACAAAGAUGAAGACUAUUGUUAUGUAGAAGAAGAAGAAGACAAUGACGACGAUGAAGACGACAAACAUGAACUCUUUGAAUGUUCUCAGUGUGGAAAAAAAUUUCGAUCAAAGUCGUAUUUGAAUACUCACGUGAAGAUACACAGUGGGGAAAAACCUUUCAUCUGCUCAAUUUGUGGUAAAACAUUUUCUUCAAAGAAACUUUUAAAAAGUCACACAAGAACACACAGUGGAGAAAAGCCUUUCGUAUGCUCAGUUUGUGGUAAAAGAUUCUCUGUGAAGACAGUUUUAAUAAGUCACACAAGAACACACACCGGAGAGAAGCCUUUUUCCUGCUCAGAUUGUGGCAAAAGUUUUUCGACACGCACAACUUUACGAAAGCACAUGAAAACACACACUGGAGAAAAACCUUUUGCCUGCUCAAUUUGUGGUAAAAGAUUCAAUGUCAAGGGACAUUUAACAAGACACGCAACUACACACAGCGGAGAAAAACCUUUUGCCUGCUCCGUUUGUGGCCAAAGAUUCUCUCAAAGCAGUAAUUUGAAAACGCACAGAAGAACACACACGGGAGAGAAACCUUUUCCCUGCACAAUUUGUUCCAAAAGAUUCUCAAGUAAACAGCAGCUUCAGAUACACAAGUGUUCUGGUGGGAGUCGAAGUUGAGGAUGUAAAAAAAAAAAAAACAAAA